AUGCUGAACCCAUCUAUAUCAUUGUUGCUGCUGGCGCUCGGUACUGGGUCGGCUCUCGCUGGGAUGCAUGACCAUCGAGCUCACGCGCACCAAAAGCGUCGAGCAAACAUGAUGGUGCUGCCAGCAGUCACUGUGGUCGAGGCCCGCACUGUCACCACGACGAUAUUCGAAAACUGCGCUGCAACUCGGCCCAUCCUCACCGCGACCACUCUUGGCGAAGAUCUACCACUCGCAACUGCUCAUCACCUGGAAACAGAGGAGACUACCACCGUGCGAAUGACGACCACUGUGACCAGAACCGCCACCGAUUUUGUCACGGUCACUGCUGAACGUACCCACACGACCGAGUCCAUGCCCGAAGACCGUAUCCUGGACAAACCAAAUGCCGUGCUGAACCUGGUAAAGCAAAUCCAACCCGCGCUCCCAAAACUGCCGAAGCUGCCCAACUUGCCGCAGCUACUCCCGGACAUACCAGUCAACCAGAUCAGUAAGCCGAAAAGCCCAAAGCGUCUGGACUGGACUUCAAUCCCUGCCCACGGGGCAUUUUCAACAAAAGGAUUCGGAGGGCGGACGGCCCCUCAAGACACCAAUAUCCAAUACCGUGGGAACAUCGGCAGACCUUGGGGAUCAAAUAUCAUUGGGGUCAGUCCAGCGGAGGCGCACUUGUACAAGUACGUUGUGCAGUUCUCCGGUCCCGAAACCGAACCCUGGACCGUCACGGUGUGGAACAAAGUCGGCCCAACCGGCAAGAUGGACGGGUGGUACGGGCACGCAGCGUUGACGUUUGUGCUUCACCCGCAUGAGGUGCGCUAUGUCGCGUUUGACGAAGACUCCGAGGGAGGCUGGGCCGCAGGGCCUGGUGAGGACGGCCUGCCCACUGACGCCUGGGGCGGGUACACGACUACUUGGGGCGAGUUCUCCUUUGGAGACGUCGAGAAUGGCGGUUGGUCGGGCUGGGAUGUUUCGGCUAUCCAGGCCCAACUCGCUGGUCAGCAUGUGCAGGGCAUGCGGAUCUGCAUGGCUGAUGGGAAGGGGUGCUCGAUUGUGGGACGGAACGCGAAUAAAGUCAUCAAUGCGUAUACAGAUUCCAAACGCCAUCGCAAUGGCAUUGGCGGGGCUACUGGGCCUGGACCGGUGCGUUUAGUUGCGAAUAUUGAUUACCAGGGUUGA